GAAAGAGAAGCGCGAGGAAGAUGGGUUGUACGGAGCGCGCGCACGGGAACUUCUGAUCCACUCCACAGACAGGACGAUCAGCAUCUGGACUAUAUUGUAAAGAUGCCUGUGCUGGAGAGAGAACCAUCCAGAGAAAGCAAUGUUCUGCCCAAAGUACCAGUACCAGACCUGCAGCACACCCUGUCUGCCUAUCUGAAGUGUGUGAAACAUCUCGUGCCUGAGGCCCAGUUCCAGAAAACCAAAGCCAUAGUUGAGAAGUUUGGCAAACCAGGAGGAACAGGAGAAAUGCUUCAGAAGAAAUUACUGGAGAGGAGAGACAAGACAGAGAACUGGGUUUAUGAUUACUGGUUGGAGGACAUGUACCUGAACAACAGACUGGCACUUCCUGUUAACUCCAGCCCCGUCCUUGUGUUUCCCAAACAGGACUUCAGAGAUCGAGAUGACUCCCUCAGAUUUGCUGCUCAUCUAAUUUCAGGAGUGAUGGAGUAUAAAGCCAUGCUGGACAGGAGGACGUUACCCCCGGAUUGUGCUCGAGGUCAGCAGGCUGGCAGUGAGCUGUGUAUGGAGCAGUAUUAUCAUCUCUUUAAAUCAUACAGACAACCUGGACUGAAAAAAGACUCUUUGAUCACACAGAGCAGCACAGGAGCCGAGAAAACACCUGAACAUCCUGGACAUGUUAUAGUUGCUUGCAACAAUCAGUAUUUGGGCCAAACAUCGAAGUUCUUUGUGUUAAAUCUGAUGGAGAAUUCCCGGAGACUGACCGAGAGUGAUGUCCUCACCCAGCUAGUCAGGAUCAGUAAAAUGGCAGAGAAAGUGGAGGAGAAAUUUCCCCCCAUCGGCCUCUUCACUUCAGACGGCCGGAUGGAGUGGGCUAAAGCUAGAGAUCUGCUGCUCAAAGACCCAGUGAACCAGGAGUCUGUGGAGCUGAUGGAGAGCUGUGUGUGUGUGUUGUGUCUGGAUGAAGCCACCGGAGUUCAGCCCAGCGACUCUAACAGGGCGUUACUCAUGCUGCACGGCGGUGGGAAUGACAAGAAUGGCGCCAACCGCUGGUACGACAAAUCCCUGCAGUUUGUAGUUGGUGCUGAUGGUGUGUGUGGAGUGGUGUGUGAACACUCACCGUUCGAGGGGAUCGUCCUGGUCCAGUGCACUGAAUACCUGCUGAAGUACAUGAUCAAAAGCCCCAGUAAGUUAAUAAGGAGGUCGAGUGUGAGCGAUCUCGUGGCUCCACGAAGACUCUCCUGGAAUUGUUCUUCUCAGAUCCUGCGCAUGCUGUCAUCCUCCGCUAACAGCCUGCAAAGGCUUGUGAAAAACCUGGACAUGGAGGUCUUCACCUUCAGAGGUUAUGGCAAAGAGUUUAUCAAGAAGCAGAAGAUGAGCCCUGACGCUUAUAUCCAGGUGGCGCUACAGCUGGCCUUCUACAGAUGCACCAGGAGAUCUGUGUUCACCUACGAGAGCGCCUCCACCCGCCGUUUCCGUCACGGCCGCGUCGACAACAUCCGCUCGUCCACUGCUGAGGCGCUGAGCUUCUCCAAAGCCAUGACGGAUGAAGGAGUGUGUGAGCAGGACUCAGAGAAGCUGGAGAGACUGAGGAAAGCUGCAGACACGCAAACCCAAUACACCAAGAUGGCUGUUGCAGGUUUGGGAAUUGAUAAUCACCUGCUCGGGCUUCGGGAACUUGCUCGGGAACUGAAGAUGGAAACUCCAGACAUUUUCACAGAUGAAACUUAUCAUCUCAGCAACCAGUUCAUCCUCUCCACCAGUCAGGUUCCUACGACUGUAGACAUGUUCUGCUGUUAUGGCCCAGUGGUUGCUAAUGGUUAUGGGGCAUGUUACAAUCCUCAGGCUGAACAUGUCCUGUUCUGCGUGUCCAGUUUUCGUGAGUGUGUUUCUACCUCGUCUUUGCUGCUGGUCAAGGCUCUGGAUCAGGCGCUGAUAGACAUGAAGGAGCUGUGCAAUAGAUGCAGUCCUGUCAGUCAGAAAGAAGGUGGGGCUAAGACAGCCACACCCAGGAAGUAGCUUAUGAGGGUUGUAGCAUGUUACAUUUAAAACUCUCUCUGGAUUACCAUAAUGUUAUCCCAGGCACUUAAACAUAUCGUCACUGAUGUUGAUGCCUGUUUAUUUCUGCUGAACAUGGACAAAAUGUCCACCUUGCAAACUAAUGAUUUUGACAUUUUUUUUAGUGUCAUUAGUAAAAAAAAAAAAAAAAACAAUUCCAAACACUAACCUAACAAGCUUUCUAGAUGCUAUCCUGACCAGAUUUCUGGAUGCUAACCUGACAGGAUUUCUAGAUGCUAACCUAACAAGAUUUCUAGAAGCUACCUUGAUGGGAUUUCUAUAAGCUAACUUGACUGGAUUUUUAGAUGCUAACCGGACAGUUCUUCUGGAUUCUAAAUUGACAGGAUUUACAGAUGCUAACCUGACAGGGUUACUAGUAGCUAUUCUCGCAGGAUUGUUAGAAGCUAUCCUGACAGGAUUUCUAGAAGCUAAUAUGAUAUCAUUUGUAGAUGCUAACAUGACAGGAUUUCUAGAAGCUAACCUGACCGUACUUGUAAAAGCUAACUUGGCAAGAUUUCUAAAAGCUACCUGGACUGGAUUUGUGAAAGCUAUCCUGACAGGAUUCCUAGAUGCUAAACUGGUGGGGUUUCUAGAUGCUAACCUGACAAGUUUAUGAGGUAAUAUUAUAUAUUUUCUAAUCCAUUAGCUGUUUUGUUUACAUUUCUCCAUCAUCAAUACCUUACCUGUAGCUAUCCUGUGAAUUUGCCAUCCUCAUAUUGAUGGAUUUUAGAUUAGCAACUCUUUUAACAACAUCCUUAUUGUCAAAUUCUGUCAGGUUAAUGUCUCAAAAACAUGUCAGGUUAGCAUCUAGAAAUCUUUUUAGGUUAGCUUCUAGAAAUCCUGUCAGGUUACCAUCUCAAAAAACAUGUGUAGAUAGAAAUAUAGUCAGGAUCUCACCAUCACCACCAAGUGAUAUUGAUCAUCCUACAUACAAAAUCAGAGCAAUGUGUGUGUUUAGUUUUAAAUAGUUGAGAAAUAGUUGAGAAAUAUUGUGAGUGCACAUGUUUUUGAAACCAAAGCCAUGCUCUCUACAGUAUAUAGUAAAAAAUAGAGAUAUUGAAUAUGAUUUGCAUGUCCAGUGUGAGAUUGUUCUAUAAACUGUUACAAAAUUCACCCUGUUACAGGAAACUGUGUGUAGAUACCAUGAUGGACUGAACACUGUGAUACUCAGUCGUGCCAUUAUUACACUCUAAGUGUAUCCCUGAUGUACAAUGUGUAAUAAAAGUGAGUUGGUAGGUCGGGACUUCUAAACUGUGGGAUAUGUGGAAAACUUCCACUUAGCAAACGAAGGUACAGUAUAUGUUAUUUGUGAUUAUAGUGUGGAGGGGGGGCAACUUUACACUUUUUAAGGGUCUAAGGUUUCCAGAGUCUGAUGUUCUCAGGGUUUUAUUUUUGCAGGGUUCCAAUUUACAACUUAGUCAGGGUUGCCUGGGAUCUGAAUUCCCAGGGACGAGCAUUUCCAGCCUUCUUGAUUCCUGAAGUUUUCAGGGUUCCAUGUUUCCAAGGUCCUGUCUUCACAAUGUUGUGAUUUGUUUUCAGGAUUGUGUAUUUCCAGGGGCCCAUGUUUCUGAAGGGUUUUGUGAUUUCACAGUCCUAUUUAAUGAAGUUCCUAUAUUUCCAAGCUGUGUUAUCCAGAGCUAUACAUUUCCAACUUUUAGUGUUUCCAAGGUCCUAUGUUUCUAAAGUCUUAUUUUACCAAAGGUGCUGUGUUUUCAAGAGUCCUGUGUUUCCAGGAUCUGGUGUCUACAGGGUCCAGUAUUUCUAUUGUCCUAUGAUUUAAGGGUGUCCAAGAGUCUUGUGUUGCAAGGUUCUAGGUUUCCAUGGUUCUCUAUUAACAGAAUCUGCAGAGCCUGUGUUUCCAGGUCCCUGUAUUUCCAGGGUCCUGUAUUUCCAGGUCCAAUGUUUCCAAUCCAAGGUCCUGUGUUUCCAGGGUCCCGUAUUUCCAUGAUCAUGUGUAUUUCAGGUCCCAUGUUUCCAUAUAUAUAAAUAUAUAUAUCCAGUUCAGCUAAAAUCAAUAGCAGACAUUGUGUUGAUCGAGCCAGUUGUAGUUUCCACUUAUAGUUGUUUCACACUGACUUUGCUAGAAGUUUUGCACAUAUCCUACUGAAUGCAUUAUGGGGCUUUUGCAGUUAUAGUAAACAGCCAAAUGUUCAUACAGUCCCUGAAUUUGUGCCACAGUUCAUGCAGAAAAUGUGAAUUUGUGGUUAUUCUUAAGAAGGCUAGAUUUUUUUUCUAUAGAAAAUUAAAAUCUUUUUGCCAAAUAAUAAAAUGACCAGAUCCCUUGAUUACAGUUUUACCACAAAUACACUCUCUCUGUAUAAGCAAGUUCUUGGGUAAGGGUUCAAAUCAAAUGUUUUGCACUUUAUAUUUAUUCGAGUAAUAAGUAAAACAAAUACUAAAUAUAUUGUAAAGAUUACGAACAAUGUGCAUUCAGAAUACCUCCAGCAGUUUACUCUAAUGUUAUGUGCAAUUAUAAAUGUAUUUUUUAAAUAAAAUAAGUAGACAGCAAUAAAUGAAGAAGUAAAGCUAUUUAUAGUGCUAUAUAUGUUCUAUGUAUUCAUGUUUCUGUGAAAAAUUGUUAACAUCAAAAUAUACUGUAUAUAAGUAGUUAUGUAUUUUAUAUAUGUAUCUAUAUAUUAUAGCUAAUGAUAGCUUGUUGUCUUGUUACAUACUGUAUGUUUAAAUAAACAUGAAUAUAAAUGAAAUUUUAAAUGAAAUUGCAUUAAAGAAAAUGUUAAUUUUAUAUAUUUAAUCCAGGUGUGAACAAAGAUUUUAAUGUAGAAUUUAUUGUAUUUUGUUUAUUUAUUCAUCAAAUGCAAUAUACAUGAUCUAAAG